UAAACCGUAAUUAUUGCAUACGCUAUAUUCACACCAGUGUCACCGACUCCCGCUUUGGCUUCAGCCCAUCGGUGAUGCCCACGCUUGUGUGUACGGAGCUCAGCAAACAUACAUUAUUCCUCGGCUUUCCCUGGUAGAUGGUGAGCGUCGCAUCUAUACAUGGCACACUGAUGUGCUGAACAGCUCCGCUUGCUCUUUUGCGGAGGGGGGCGACUCACGCUUAGUUUUCCCCAGGGUGCCAACCAGGCUGGUCUUCUUGGCCUGUAAGGCGGUGGCUAGUUUCAGAGAAGAGAAGAAAUUAUCUGGUAAUAUUUCUUCCCUUCCCCAGGAAUGGCUCCCCCAGUUUCAGCUCCACACUUUCUCCCACGAGCUGAUCUUUGCUCCGCGUCUCCUCUUUUCCCAGAAACGGAGCCCCGUUCAGCAUGGAUUUUGAAUUGACAUCCGCAGCUAGCCAAAAUUGUCAGGUCAUGAGCUGUCACUACGGUGCUGAUGUGCCUCAGCCACAGUGCAGUCCCUGAUGUGUUUCAGCAUGCCAUCGUCAAACACACACAAGAAGGCCGUGAGCCGUGUGUGCUGUAGGUCAGCACAAUAGAACAAUAGAAUAGCGCGAAAGUCACUGCGGUCAAUAUGACCGCGUAUGGCCGAAAUAGGUAAAAAUGAUCAUAUUUUCUUUGCCUUUUGUUUAAUUUAUAUAAAACCUAUUGUAAAUAAAAAUACAAAUACUUUUAGGAAAAGUCAGGUACCAGCAAGAUUGUAUUUUUUUAUUCAACAAAGUUAUUGCACAUAUAAAUUUCAAAACGGUCAAAAUGACCGUCGUGGCCGUUCUAGUGUUGUCAUGUUGUCACUGUGAUGGAAAAGUUGAUGUGAGCUGGUCUACUCAGAAGAAGACUCUGGAUGUCUUACACAGCAAUGUUUAAUGAGGCUCCGCCGAGGAGACAGUGAUAUGAGCAGCGCAAGGUGAAACCCAGUGCAGUGCCGAAACCAAGUCUGAAGAUCUCUUCCUGUUCCACAAUACUUUUCCCCUUACUGGCCAUAUAGUGUCUACCGUGUUUCUCUGAACCUUUAGAGUAAACGUGUGCUUCUCCUAUUGGAGGAUAAACAGUAAAUUAAUCUACGGUCAUGCUUGAAUUGACGGGACAUCUGUAGUGUAUUCCUCAGGCAAGUAAGAUAGUAUCUCUCUCUCUCUCUCUCUCUCUCAGGAAAGAGGCAAGAGCUACUAUCAGUGACCUUGGAGUUACCUAAGUAACGGCCCUGCCUGUAAGCAAGAUGUUUCCUCCCUAGCCUGAACCCACAGAGGCAGGAGAUAGUAUAGUGAACUAUGGCAGAGAACAGUUCCUUUUUAGGAUUCAGCAGAUGAACUCCGCCCAUUCCCGUUCUCACAGAAGUGAGGCAGCACCACAGAUCCUCAGUGUCAGAUCAAGCCCAUAUAAAAGACGUACUCUCCACUUCAGCUGCAACAGAUGGAAAGGUCUGCCUGAGCCAGCACUAUCUGCAAUGUAAGUCUGUUUUAUAAAAUGUCUUCCAAGGGACUUAACUGCAAGUUUUUAUUCUAAAAAGGUUGGUGGAUGAAGAAUUAUUUUUCAAAGAAUAGAUCUAUUUUUUUUUUAAAUGAUCUGAUGUGGGAAACUGGGAAUAAAUCAAAGUUCCCUUUAUUCCUUUCAUAUUCUUUUGUCUUUUUAAUAUAAAGAAACACUUCGUAAUUUUUGUCUGUUGGUGUCUAUUUUCUCACUGACAAAGAGGAAAGAAGCACAGAUUUCUUUCAACAAUAUCUUCCAGUGAACAAAAUGAAAAGUCUCAAUUCUCUGACGUGUUCUUGAAUGGAUAAAAUUUAUAGACUGCUGGCAAGCACAGCUUCCAAACCUCCUUAAUAGAGCACUGUUAAGACAAUAUCAUCGACACCACAGCUCAUCCUGAUGGGUUGUCUCAACUUCAGCAGCGGAAAUGAGACUUUGCCUGGCAGGCACCCUUAUACUGUGCAGACCUCUGUGCCUCUAACAAUCCUGGUGGGUAUCCUCAUCCUGCUAACUGUGUUUGGCAAUGUAAUGGUAGUAAUUGCUGUGAUCACAAGCCGAGCCCUGAGAGCACCUCAGAACUUGUUUUUAGUGUCUCUGGCAUGUGCAGACAUCCUGGUUGCCACCUUAGUGAUGCCAUUUUCUUUAGCGAAUGAACUGAUGGGUUACUGGUACUUUGGUAAAGUGUGGUGUGAAAUCUACCUGGCUUUGGAUGUGCUCUUCUGCACCUCAUCCAUCGUUCACCUGUGUGCCAUCAGCCUGGACAGAUAUUGGUCUGUCACUCAUGCGAUUGAGUACAACCUAAAAAGGACACCACGCAGGAUUAAAUGCAUAGUCUUCAUAGUUUGGGUACUGGCAGCCAUCAUUUCAUUCCCUCCGCUUAUCAAAAUGAUAAAGGACGAAGGUAAAGAGGACAGACCUGAAUGUAAAAUUAAUGAGAAGAAAUGGUACAUCAUAUUCUCCAGCACUGCCUCUUUCUUUGCACCCUGCGUCAUCAUGAUUACCGUGUAUGUCAGAAUCUACCAGAUUGCCAAGAAAAGAACAAGAGCCGUGCCAGGUGAAAGGCAAAGAGAAUAUGGAAACUCAGGCAACCUGGAGAGAAAAGACGGAGAAGGGAGGGAGGUGGAAGGGGAGGACGGUAGAGACGUGGAGGAAGAGCCCUCCUCGUCUGAUGGGAAUGAAAUCAUCCUUUGUUCCCUGAAGAAGAAGAGGGGUAUGAGAACAACCAAAGUGGCUCAGGUGAAGCCUGGAGAAACCUCACCAAAGCCAGAGGCGCAGCCCUGUGUGAGAGUGAGCAGGUGGAAAGGAAGGCAGUACAGAGAGAGGCGCUUCACAUUUGUUCUAGCUGUGGUCAUGGGAGUGUUUGUUCUCUGCUGGUUCCCCUUUUUCUUCACAUACACGCUCACUGCUGUGUGCGACACCUGCUGUGUCCCAGAGACAUUGUUCAAAAUGUUUUUCUGGUUUGGUUACUGCAAUAGCUCACUAAAUCCGGUUAUAUACACUAUAUUCAAUAAUGACUUCAGGAGGUCUUUUAAAAAGAUAGCUUGUGAAAGGGACAGAAAAGGUUUAUAAAUAAGAUUUUUAUGUAUGCAUUACAAAAAACAGCAGUUUUGGUCAUCUACAUUACGGCUCCUAUCAGUGUAAAUAUGACAUUAAGCAGAUAUUAAAAGAUAUUUAUUGAAUAUUUGAAAAAUGUGAAAUGCAGCAUAUUUUGUGUUUUAACAUUUUGUGUACUUCCACAUCAGUAAAUGUUUGUUUUGUAAUAUUAAAUCAUGCAACAAAUAUCUAAUGUGCAGUUUGCUUUACAGCUAGUAUUACACUGUGACAACCUGUGAGUUUAGACUUUGACAUUGUACAAUUGUGACAACAUGGAUAAUACAUUUUCUACAUGUACGUACAUUUGUUUUGGAACAGUAUUUAAAUGUAACAGUCAACUAACAGAUAUCAUCUCUCGUGGUUUGGGUACUUGUGCUUUAAACUUUCAAGACUCUAAAGGCUUCAAAGACUGACUGACAGUACGAUUUAAACACGGAAAAGAGAAAGAUUACUGCUGCACAUUACUCUGAGAGAAAACUGUGACAGUUAAAACAUUAAUGUUGGUAAUAUAAAGGCAGACCUCUAAGGCUCACAUCACAGCACAUGCAACUUCAUUAUCAACUUUUCAAAUUGACAGACCAUACUGCAGUACAAGAAAAUGUUUAAUUUGUGGUCAUUGUGCAAUAUGUUACAAAUACCGUAAAUUCACUGAAAAGGCAAUAGUCUAUAAACAAACAUGGCCAAUAAUUUCAUUAUGACUAAAAACUGAGUCAUGUACUCAUGGCAGCAAUUAUUCUGCAAAAUAAAUGAAAUGUCAAAAUGAUGCACAGUAUUUGGAAACUAAGCCUCUCUCUCUGUAAUUGCCAUCAGAAUGAAAUAAAAGACAAAUUUAGAAAAGCAGACAAACUGUAAAUGCUACAGUAUCGCAAAUUUAAAAAACUAUUUAUCUUUGUACAACUGUACAAACAAUAGCAAGAGCAUAUUAAAGCAAGCUGUACUCAAAACAAUGGUAUCCCCAUACCACCUGUAUGCAGUUAUAUGAAAAGAAAAUUAUGGCUAGGAGGUACAGGUGGCACAACAACACUGAAUGCACUUUAUCAUGAAUUAUAGCCCUUCAUAUCAGGAUAUCAUUAAAUUAUCCCCUGGAGUCAAACAGAAAUCACGCAGCAAUAGAAAUAUGAGUGGCUGCUGCAAAUUACACUGAGGUUAAUAUCCACACAAGCUUAUCAAUGUGUUGUGUUCCAAUUCUUUGUUUGAUGUUUCCCUAUUGCUUCUCCUUUUUAAACACACUUUUCACAGCACUAUAACCUCUUUAUAGCAACUUGUCUUUAACAAAUAGACUUUCAGUCUGUUAACCUGAAAUAAAAUAAAUGCGGCAUGCA